CAAUUAAGAAGAACUUGAGGUUGGGUUUUGCAACCCUAAUUUCAAUAAAAUAUUCAAAAAUUAUAAUGGGAACCACCAAGUUGGCAAAACAUCGCAAAAAAUUAAAAAUUCAAUAAUGAGAAUUUGAUGCCUUCAGACUUAUAAAAGCCAGCAUCACAAACCAACCAUCCAACAGUCCCUCAAGAUGUUCCUGCAGCGCUUCUUCCGGAGCAACCUGGACGUCCUACCCGUCGGUCUGCAGACCAUGGAGCUGAUCGGUCUGUGGGGCGAGGAUCGCCGGCAGGUGGCCAAGUUUGGCGCGAUCGCCGGCUGGAUGACGCUGAUGAUCCUGAUCCCGAAGAGCACCCUGGAGUACGGCGGCGAGGGGUUCGACUCGUUUGCACGCGGGACCGCCGAGCUGAUCUACUUUGGGGACUUUAUCUCGUCGAUGGUGAUAUUUGCGCUGCAGCGGGGAUCGUACGUGCGGAUGAUUAACAUUUUGCAGGAUUCGUUUAGGAAGUGCGCGGGGGAUGGUCAGCCGGAGAGCUGUCGGAAGGCGAUCGUGGAUUUUAAUUGGAAGAUUUUUCGGUAUUCGAGGAUCUACGCUUGCUUCAUUGGGAGUUGCUUGAUCUUCUACGUGCCGUUGCCGAUGACGGCGACGUUCUUCAACUACUUUUCGGCGGCUGGGAAUGGGACGGAGGGGGUCGAGUUUGUGCUGCCGUUGGAGAACAAAUUUUACUGGUUGGACACCAGGAGGAACAUUUGGCACUACGUGAUCUACAUGGUGCUGCUGGUGCCGGCGGUGACUGGAUCGGCGUGUUUGAGUACGGUCAAGGGGACGGUGCUGUUUACGAUCAUCCGGUAUGGUGCAAUGAUCUUCGAGUUGGUUUCGCUGAAGAUCGCCGAUCUUGGGCGGGGUGAGAAUUUUGAAGAAGGGAAGGAGGAGUAUCGUAGGAAGCAGUUGGUGGAGAUCAUCGAGCUGCACAAGACGGCGUUGGAGUACGCGAAGCUGCUGGAGAAUAUCAUGAGUUUUAUUCUGCUGUCGCAGUUCGUCAACUGUAUGCUGAUCUCGUGCCUGAUGAUGUUUUAUAUCUCGAGUACCUACGGCCCGAACGUCGUCAACAUGGUGAUCUUGUUUGCGGUUCUGAUGGUGGAAGUGUUUGCGUACUGCUUCAGCGGGGACGAGCUGAGCUCGAAGGCAGCCGAGGUGGCCAACUCCGUGGCCAUGUACCCGUGGUAUCGGGAGCCGGUCACCGUGCAGAAAGAGCUCAAGCUGAUGAUCCAGCGAGCGCAGAGUACGAUCGGGAUUACGGCCGGGAAUUUUUACUACGUGGACAUCAAGCGAUUCGGAGUUGUCGUCCAGACGUCCUACUCCUACUACUUGAUCCUGAAGGAACGGUUCAACGCUUGAUCGCAGCGUGCCCUGCGAAAUGAACAAAUUAUGUAGAAACAUGACAGACAUGGCAGAGUCCGCGCCUCUUAGCAAAACAGAAAGUUUCUCUCCACUAAUUAUGUCAUAUAUCACAGCCCGGACAGAUAACCCAGGUAGAAAGCAAGAUUUAUUGCCCAGCGCAGAUUUCUCCCACCUCUCAAGAUCAACAAAUUUAUGCUUGCAAAAAGACUCGCGCGUCAUGGCAUGCUGGGACGACGGCAUAGCAGAAUAAUUAAAACCGUUUUCUUCCAGCGUCGCUGUUGCAUUGUAGACCCGUGAACCAGGGUGUUACUUAAGUUAUGAACCCUUUCGGGAAAUCUAGGCGGGAUAAUGGCUUUCUUUGCAAAUGAAGUAAAUUUCGCCAAUCUAGAUUGAGCUGUCGUAAACAAGGGCCUGAACAAGGGCGUACUUGCAGUACUAUUCAGCUGAAAUUUAUGUAAUUUGACAACUCUCGCCUACUGCGACCCAGGUGUGACAGCGCGCCGCCGGUCAAUAAACCGUAAUUACCGCCUCGAAAGUGAGAGUACAACGACCGCGGCCAACCCUCCGGGA